AUGCCGUCCGUCAAGCGUGUUCGCGAAGACCAUGAAGACGAAGUCGAUUCAAAUAUAUUCGGCGGCCACGAGAGUGCUCGGUCUCAGCUCACUGAGCCAUUGGUGUACCAAGGCACGCUCGAUAGGUUCAAGCAUCAGGACUUGACGCCUGCGAUAGGACGAGAGUAUGAGGGUCUUCAGGUUACUGAUCUUUUGAAGUGGGGAGAUGAGAUGAUUAGGGAUUUGGCCGUGACCAUCUCUGAAAGAGGCGUCGUCUUCCUUCGAGACCAAGAUGUCACGCCUACCCAGAUGAAAGACCUCAUGCUCCGCAUCACCGAACUUUCAGGAAGUCCAUCCUCGUCCGGCCUCCACGUCCACCCCCUCACAGAAGAAGGCUCAGAACUCGGCGACCAAAUCUCCGUCAUCUCUUCCUCCAAGCAGGCCAAAGGCGGCGGCCUCACGCAUCAGCAAUCCGAUGCCUCACGCCUGGCAUCCGCAGGCUGGCACACCGACAUCUCCUUCGAGCCCGUACCCUCAGACUACGCGAUGCUAAAGAUCCACACCCUCCCUCCAACCGGCGGCGACACUCUCUGGGCAUCCGGCUAUGAAAUCUACAACCGCCUCUCACCUGCCAUGCAGGAAUUCCUACAGACCCUCACCGCAACACACGACGCCUCCUUCUUCCACGACGAAGCCCGCCGCCUGGGCAACCCCAUCCGCAGCGGCAUCCGCGGGAACCCCUUAAACCAAGGAACCACCCUCAAAGCAACACACCCCGUAGUCCGCACAAACCCCGUAACCCACAAGAAAUCCCUGUACGUCAACAAAGCCUUCACCAAGCGCCUGCACCCGCUCUCCUUCGACGAAUCCUCCCUCCUCCUCCCCUACCUCACCUCCCUGGUCCCGAACUCCCACGACGCGCACGUCCGCUUCAAGUGGCGCGCCAACGACCUCGCCAUCUGGGAUAAUAGAUGCACGUGGCACUGCGCGACGUACGACUACGGCGGAGAGGCGAGGACGGGGGAUCGCGUGUGUAGUUUGGGGGAGGCGCCGUUUUUGAGGAGGGGGGAGUGA